AUGUGGAAUUUGUUGACCCAAAAAACGGCACAUGGAAACUUUCUGAGGGAAAAAGAAUCACAGAGGUAUCAUCGUUCCCUUACUAGCGUGAAAUCUGUUAUCAGCACACAUAAACCUCCUAAAGAUGUACCUCGCCUUCAAUUCAAUUCUAAACGGCUUCAUAUUCUUAAGGACCGAAAUGACGAAAUUGAGCAUCAAAAUCAGAUUCUCCUGGAUAAAAUGUACAAAAUUGAUAUAGGCAAUGCCUUUGAGUAGCGCGCUAGCGCCCGAGGCUUCCCGACGAAGUCUGGGCGGUGGUUUGACCAGCUGAUGUUGGUCAAACCAACAUCCAAAAUGACAAAUUCUUCUCAUAUAGAAGAUUUGUCAAAUUGGAUGCUGGUUUGACCAACAUCAGCUGGUCAAACCACCGCCCAGACUUCGUCGGGAAGUCUCGGGCGCUUAGCGCACUACUGAAAGGCAUUGCUUAUAGUAAGCCUUCGGCUUUAAACCCAAUAAACUGCUUACCUAAAACUGCUAGAGUGAAUAGCUCAAAUUCAGCUAGGAGGAAUAGAAAUUUAAACCGAAUUUCUAGCGAAAAUAAAGUAAAAACCAAUUAGACGUUUUUUAAAAGGCUAAAAAGAGCUGAAAGUGCGUAUUCAAUUGAAAAAUGGAAUGAAGAAGAGCAGAGAAGGAGCUAUUUAAAAGAAAAUAUAAGUAGAAGUUCUAGGGGAUGCUCAAGAAAAAAUAAACUCGUGCAAGACAGUGAAGUGUCAGAUUUAAUUGCAAAAAUAUUGUCAAGAAAGCCCAUGACAGCUAGAGAAGUUCUAUAA